AUGAAGUUCACUUCAAUCGAAUUGCUGGCUGCAGCGGCAGUAGUAGGCAGAACCGCAGCCUUCACCAAUCCGAUCAUUACGGGCGUCAAUGCAGACCCGUCAGCUAUUCGCGUUGGUGACGACUACUUCUUAGUCUCGUCUUCCUUCGAGUACUUCCCAGGCAUACCUGUGUAUCAUUCUACCAACCUAGUGGAUUGGAGUCUGAUUGGUCAUGGUUUGAACGACAACAAUAAGAUUCAAGACCGUCAGCUCCAGACAACUGGAGGUAUAUUCGCUCCUACCAUUCGUUACCACAAUGGCACGUUUUACAUCAUUACCACUUAUGCAGACACAUUCUUGCCUUUCCAACAAAAUAACUUCAUCAUAACUACUGAGGAUGUCUUUUCAAACAACUGGACGCAACCAAUGUACCUGGACCAGGCAGGCAUCGAUCCCGAUCUGUUUUGGGAUACGGACGGAACCGUAUACCUAAGCACCGGCUAUCCCGAGUUCGGCCCCGAGGGUGGAAAUAGCACCAUCUGGCAGUCUAAGCUGGAUCUCACCACUGGCCGCUCUCUUACCCAACCGGAGAUGAUAUAUCGAUCUUCUCUGCCUGAGAAUAUUCGAUGGGCUGAAGGCCCUCAUGUUUAUCUCAUCAACGGCUCAUACUACUUGUCUGUGGCCGAGGGUGGUACAGAGGUACUGCACCGUCAAACGAUUCAUCGCGGUCCUUCACCUUCCGGUCCUUGGGAAGCGAGUCCACUUGGCCCUAUGGUGUUCAACAGUCGUGAUCCUUCGGCUCCUAUUCAGCAGACUGGCCAUGCCGAUUUGCUACAGCGUCCUGAUGGCAAGUGGUACACCGUCUUCCUUGCCGUCCGGCCUCAACUACCCCAGAACAUCAAUGGCACAUAUCAGCUCGGUCGUGAAACUUUCCUAAGUCCUGUUACCUGGAGCGAAGAUGGCUGGCCUUUGACAAAUAAUGGCAACCUUAUUACCUUCGACAUGCAAGAUUCAGAUCUGCCAUCCCAAUCAAACACCAGCAAGAACCUACUAGAAGACUUCUCCUCAUCUUCUCUACAGCUCGGCUGGGAGUUCAGAGGGACACCCUCUAGACCUUGGUGGCGAGUCGAGAAUGAUUCUCUUGUUCUUAGAGGCACAACUGCCACGCUAUCUGCACUCGACGGUAUGGCCCUGAUCCUCAGAAAGCAAGAUGCACUGUUCUACACAUUCAGCGUGGACAUGGAGUUCGAACCUACGAUGGAAACACACGAGGCUGGCAUUGUCGCAUGGGUCAACGAUCACUAUCACAACACCAUCUCCAUCCUCCUAUGCCAAGAGCAAACAAACACAACCUGCGUCAAAACAACCACAACAGUAGGAGACCGAAACGGUCCAACAGACGGAAACACAACGACAGUAUACCAUCCCUUUCCCACAACUCCCAACAGCACUUCACAAGCAAGUAAUUGUGGUACAAGUGUGCGUUUACAUAUCCGUGCUACACCUGAGACGUAUCAAUUGGGCUAUUCUCUGGCUGGUGAUAGUGCUGUCAUUUGGCUUACGGCUUACUCGGCUUCGUGGAUGCAGCCGCAUUAUGAAGGGAGGAUUUCUUGGCAGGGUGCGAGGGUGGGUAUGUAUGCCACUGGCAAUGGUGUGACUAUGCUGCAAGAAGCUGUUUUCAGAAAUGUGGAAGUCGAGAGGGGACCUUAUUAG